AUGGAUGCGCGUAUGUGCGCGGCGCGUGACUCGGAGGAUGAGGUUAAGGAAUGGAUGGAAGAUCCGCGGGCUAGGAAAGGGCGAACGGCGGCGGAGUUCUUGUCGGAUGUUAGCUUGAACAGGAUCUGGGGAUACCUGGAAGACGCGAUCGAGGAUGCCUCAUACUUAGGUCCCUGGCCUGAGCGGCCUUCUGAGAAGCGUAUAAAGGAGGAUAGGGAGUUCUGGGCGGAGGCGGAGGAGGCGGAGGAGGCGGAGGAGGAGGAAGAGGCCAAGUUCAAUGACGAAGUAUGGAGUGACGACGACGACGACGACUAUGCCUUUGAUCAUGAUUAUGCGGCAUUUUGGAGUCAUCACAAUGUUACGUCUUUUUGA